AUGAGAAUGAACUAUGAAGGCAUAGUGUUGUUUUGUUUCAAUCUUCCCCGGUACGGUACGCAUGCACCAACACCACCACCUUCACUUCAAUGUUCAAUCAAUCAAUCAUCUUCAACAACAACAACAACAACACAUUCAAUUCCAUUUCCACGCUUCUACUCUAAUCCUCACAUUCCAAUUUCACCAAAUUCCGAUUCCAAUUUCACCGAUUUUCUCAACAAACUCAGCGCUACGCACUCAUCACAAUGAGUUUUCAGGACAUACAAUCCGGCCGCCGAAACCUAACCAACGGCAAACAAGACCCGACGCAAGCGGUGGCUUCCGGCGUAUUCCAGAUCAACACCGCCGUUUCCACUUUUCAGAGACUCGUUAACACUCUCGGAACCCCCAAAGACACGCCAGAGCUUCGCGAGAAACUGCAUAAGACGAGACUUCAUAUUGGACAAUUGGUAAAGGAUACUUCUGAUAAACUUAAGCAAGCUAGUGAAAUUGAUCACCAUGCUGAUGUUAAUGCAACCAAGAAGAUAGCAGAUGCUAAAUUGGCGAAAGAUUUUCAGGCAGUGUUGAAAGAAUUUCAGAAGGCACAGCGUCUUGCAGCUGAGAGGGAGACAGCUUACACUCCUUUUGUUCCACAAGCAGUUCAGCCAUCCAGCUAUACAGUCAGCGAAGCAGGUGUUAGUUCCGAUAAAAGCCAAGAACAGCAGGCCCUUCUUGUGGAAUCCAGAAGACAGGAGGUAAUAUCCUUAGAUAAUGAGAUUUCCUUCAAUGAGGCUAUCAUUGAGGAAAGAGAACAAGGCAUUCAAGAAAUCCAGCAGCAGAUAGGUGAAGUGAAUGAGAUCUUCAAAGAUCUUGCUGUGCUUGUUCAUGAGCAAGGAGCAAUGAUUGAUGAUAUUGGGACCAACAUUGAGAAUUCUCAUGAAGCUACUGUCCAAGCAAAAUCGCAACUUGUUCAAGCUUCAAAGACACAAAGAUCAAAUUCAUCUUUGGCGUGCUUGCUUCUGGUGAUAUUUGGAAUCGUGCUUCUCAUCAUCAUCAUUAUUGUUGCUGCUUAGUCCAUUAUGAAUCAAAUGCAGUAUUUACUGAGCUGCAGACUCUCUCCUGCUGAUGUAACAAAAAAAGAAAAGAAAAAGAAUCUCACUGAUACUUCCACUGAAUAGUGUUUUACCCAAUCUCAUGAAUGACUAGGUUUUGUCACUGUCUCAUCCGGUUUCAGUACACGGCGUGGGAAAUCACCGACUCUAUCCUGUCUUUGUUGUUUAGGGGGGGGUAUGUUCUCAUCUUUAUGUUGGUUGUUUGGAAUUUUAAGGAUGUGUCACAACCUGCUUGUUGUGUAAGUCGUGUUUUUGUUUAUAUUUAAUAAAAUAAAUAGUUAAUUCAUUCUUUA